AUGGUUUGUGAGAUCGGGUCAGCGGUCAUGGACAUGAGCGGCGAGGGUGGCGGAGCGGGCGCGAGCGCGGGCGCGUUACAGCAGCGGUGGUACGACAGCCGCGUGAACGGCAGCCCGGCCGCCGGCGACGUCAGCUCCGAGACCAACGGCGACGGGUUCUUCCACUCGCCGCUGGAGGGCGGCCAUCACAGCCGCGCCCGCUACUACCAUCAACAAAUGCAUGCCCCUUACUCCUCGGCUGUCGGCUCGCAUGGUCGAACGCUAAGCGGGAGUAGCAGUCAGGUCUGCAGGCCUCACUUCCACACGCCGUUGCAUCCGUGGCUUGAUUCCAAAGCUCUCGGCAGCGGCGCUUGGGGCGGGGGCUUCCAACAGGAUGCCCCCGCCGAUAAGCCCCUGUCCCCUGCACAGCAUCCCCAUCCCCAUCCCCUCUUCUCCUUCCCUCCAACACCCCCAAAAGACUCCACCCCAGAUUCCGUGGCAGCCGCGGCGUUAGGGCAACAAGACUAUCAAGCAGCCGUUGCUCACGCCACGGCAAUGAGCGUCGCGUUCAUGCAGCAGCAACAGGAGCUGCCUCUAUGUGGAGACGUGAAGCCCAUGAUGGGUGCGCCGCCUUCUAAGCAACGCGAAGGUGCGCAGCCGGACUCGUGUCCCCAAGAGAGUCAGCCCUCUGGGGAAUACAACGCUCAGUACAACGCCGCCGCCGGCGACUACUACAACUAUCAAGGGAAGGGUUAUAGCGGGCAGCAGCAGAGUAAGCCACGGCCUAACAAGACUAGAACUAGCGCCGAGGGUCGUGAGUGCGUCAACUGCGGUGCUACAAGUACUCCUCUGUGGAGACGAGACGGUACUGGCCACUACUUGUGCAACGCCUGUGGACUCUACUACAAGAUGAACGGACAGAAUCGACCACUUAUCAAGCCCAAGCGAAGACUGGUGAGUUCGCUACAGAGUGCUGCUCGUCGCGCUGGUACAUCCUGCGCCAAUUGCAAAACCACAACCACGACUUUGUGGAGACGAAACCAAAACGGAGAGCCUGUCUGCAACGCUUGUGGACUAUAUUACAAACUACAUAACGUAAAUCGGCCUUUGACAAUGAAGAAGGAAGGAAUACAGACUCGGAACAGGAAGCUGAGUAGUAAAAGUAAGAAGAAGAAAGGGGGGAUGGGUAUGGGAGGUGGUGGGGCGUGCGCGCUUGCGCUUGGCGGCGUCAUGGGAGACAUGAUCAAACCACUCGGAGACGCCACUAAGGGCUUCGGUGGUUCCGCCUUCCCCUCGGCUAUGGAUUUCGGCCAGCACCAAGUAGGGCUGGUACAUCCAGCGGCGGCGCAUAUGUCCCAUUGGUACGGAGCACCCCACCAGGGCUUUGCCCCACCACCGGCCUCGCAUAAUCCCUACCACCAUCAUCAUCUCGCGCAACUAAACUCUAUGACUGGCUGGAGGAGUGAGUACACUCGUUAUAAAUGCAACGCUGCUGUUUGUGGAUACAAAUAUAAAGUACAAACUUAA